UGGCAGCGGCGCCAGACAUGCCCGUCAUGUCCCCUGGACCAGAGGUUAGGGCUGGAAUGGAGGCCCUGCGCUAUGCAUGGGCACUGCACCAUACCCCCUGGCUCCCCAACACCCUGCCUCCACCUUGUGGGAAGUGGCCAAAGGAGGAAGUGCAAGAGUGGGGAAAGCAGAAGGUUGGAAGAUGCUGGAGCUGGGUCAGAGUUGACUGGCCCCAUCAAGAGGGGCUUGUGCGAAGAGAAAAUGAACCUGUUGCUGCUCUUCCACCUCUUCCAGCUUGCAGGCUCAUCUGACCUCAUAGCAGUGUCCAAUGCAGUGAGUGGCCCAGUGCGGGGCUCACUGACCGUGCAGUGUCGCUAUGGACCCGGGUGGGAGACCUACAGUAAGUGGUGGUGUCGAGGAGCCAAGUGGAAAGACUGCCGUAUCCUUGUUCAAACCGACGGAUCAGAGCAGGAAGUGAAGGGUCACCAUGUGUCCAUCAGGGACAAUCAGAAAUCGCGCACGUUCACCGUGACCAUGGAGGAGCUCAGGUGGAACGAUGCAGACACUUACUGGUGUGGGAUUGAGAGAUCUGGAACUGACCUUGGGGUCAAAGUUAAAGUGACCAUUGACCCAGUAUCAACCACCACCACCACCACCACCUCAACCACCAUGUCCACAACGCCAGCAGAGACCAAAGGCCCCCGGACUGUGACCAGCCACCACUCCAAUGGCAGGACACCCAGGAGUGGGGUUCCCAGGCUAGAAACCCCAGGCUUGCAGGUCAAAAGCGCUAACUCCAUGAAGCUCAGCAUCCUGAUUCCCCUCAUAUUGGCUGUGUUGCUGCUUCUCCUGGUGACGGCCUCACUCUUGGCUUUGAGAAAGAUGAAGCAGCAGAAGAGAGCUGCUGGGAUAUCCCCAGAGCAGGUGCUCCAGCCCCCAGAGGGGGAUCUCUGCUAUGCAAACCUGGCCCUGGAGCCAACCAGCACCUCCCACAACUCCUCCCAGAAGAAGGCCUGCACAAAGUCCUCCUUCUCUGCCCUGGGUGAUCAGCAGGAAGUGGAAUAUGUCACCAUGGCCCCCUUUUGGAAGGAGGACAUUUCCUAUGCGGCUCUGUCUUGGGAGGCUUUGAAUCAGGAGUCAACCUACUACAACAUGAACUACCACGUUGCCCAAGUUCCCAGCAGGAGCCACGAGGAACCCAUGGAAUACAGCAGCAUUAGGAGAUCUUAGCCUGAGCUCCAGGCUCCCCUCUCCAACCCCACACGAGGCCUGUGAGCAUGUUCCUGCUCUGUCUGCUUUCUGCCCCCAGUCACUUCACGAGGACCAACCAGGGACUGAAGCCUUGGCCUUGUCUGAGGGGGCUUUUGGGAGAUAGAUGGGGUCUCUCUACAUCCCUUUUUCUCCCAUACAGCUUAAGAGGGGGUUGGGGAUAUGCUCUGGAGUUGCCGAGGGAGUAAUAAUGAUAAUGAUAAAAUAAUAAUUAACCUUUAUUUAUUGCUUAACAUGUGUGGUGGGCUGAAUAAUGGCCCCCAAAGUUCUCUGCGUCCCAAUCCCCAGAACCUGUGAAUAUGGCAAAGGGGGCUGCGUGGAUGUAUGAAGUUGAGGGUUUUGAGAUGGGGAGAGUAUUCUGGAUUCUCCAGGUGGGCCCUAAAUAUAAUCACAAGGGUCUUGUAAGGAGGAGGCAAGAAGGUCAUAGGAGGAGAAGGCAGCUGAUGACAGAGGCAGAGGUUGGAGUGAUGUGGCCAGAAAAGGCAAGCAAUGGAUUGUCCCCUGGAGCCUCUAGAAGGAACCAGCCCUGCCAACACCUUGACUUUAGUCCAGUGAAACAGAUUUUGUCCUUCUGGCCUCCAGAAUUAUAGGAGAAUAAACUGAUGUUAUGUUAA